UGCCACUGUUGAGCAGGUAGUACAAGAGCAGCGAGUCAAGCUAGUGUACCAGCCAACGAUACACAAUAAGGCCAGAGAGCACACAGUCAAGCAUCGAGCCUGCGACAAUGUCUGCACCUGCACCUCUGGUCGGCGAGCCCAUCGUCAGACAGACUUCCAACGUGCCCACAGAUCAGCACGAGAAAGUGCUGGCCUCAAAAGUUGAGCAUGAGGAGUUCAUCGUCGAAGCCGUCCUCUUUGACAUGGAUGGCACGCUCGUCGAUUCCAUCCAGGCCGUCGAAGCUGCGUGGGGAGGCGUCGCACUCGAGCUCGGCAAGGACCCACAAGAGGUCAUCGAUGCUACCCAUGGUCGUCGCGCUAUCGACAACUUGCGCGAUCUCCGACCCGACCUCGCCAAAGUGCCAGAAUCAAAAAUGGAUCCGCACGUCGAGGAAUUCGAGCAAAAGAUUCUCACUCAUGCUGAUCAGUAUCACAAUGAAGUCCGAAGUCGCAGACAAUCAGCCGCAGAAUCGAUCAGGAGCUCUCGCUCGAAUUCGCGAAAGAACUCCUCCAUCUCGCUCUCGAAGCCACCCUCCCGCAAAGGAUCCUUCGCCUCCGAGCUUACCAAACGUAUGCAGUUCACCCGUCUGACUGAAGCCAAGCCCGUCAACGACUCAUCCAAUGCAAGCCCGAUCGAACGCACAGAUUCGCCAGCGAAUGGUUCUAAAGAUGCCACUUCGGCAGUAUUGGACGAGAAUCCGUUCGACGACGAUGACGAUGACGAGGAGAUCGACAUUGACGCCCUCGACGUCGAUGUUUCCGACCUCAUUGACCGUUCGUGCAAGAUCUUGCCCGGUGUCAAACGACUCAUCGACGGACUUCCUGCUGACCGCUACGCGGUCGCUACCUCGGGCGCAAAGACCUACUGUUAUGGUGCACUCAAGCGAAUCGGCAUCACCCCGCCGGCGGUCACGGUCACCGCGGACGACAAGCACCUGCUUCGCGGCAAGCCGCAUCCCGAUCCCUUCAUGCUCGCAGCGAAACGACUUGGCUUCGAUUGCAAAGACUGUCUCGUCUUUGAGGAUUCGCCUUCUGGCAUACGCGCUGGCGUGGCCUCCGGCGCAAAGACAAUCGCUGUCUGCACAUCUCAUCCUGCUAGCAAGAUCAAGGAUUCAGGCGCCCAUUACCUCAUUCCGACGAUCGAAUGCAUCCACAUCACACCUAUGGAAGAUGGUCGCCUCAAGGUUGUCAUCGAUCAGGCUCGCGUUAAGCGAGAUCUGGCCGCAUUGGGCGACAAGGUGGCCACGCCCGAGGUGCCAACGCCAGCGCGACCUUCGAGCGCUGCCGCCAACGCAUCCACAUAGAUAUUCUCUCUUCCGAACGAAGGAAAUCUACACCG